UAAAUAACGUGCCAAACCUCUCCCCUUAAAAUGCAACACUACUCAUAUUUACCAAACUACAAGUAUACAACAACUUUUGUUUUUACUUUCACUUCUUGAGAUAACAUAAUUUUUUCUGUUUUUUUUUUCUAAACCGAUAAAAGAUGUCGCUAGCUAUCGCAGAGGUUUACACGGUGAGGAAGUUUCACAGAGAGAGUAUGAAGAAACCGGCCAAAACUACGGUUUCCGGCGAGGGAGAUGAAAAGAUCAUCGGAAGUGCGCUCCGGGAGGUCACGAAAACGCCCGUGAAACAGAAUGGGACUAGAGGAUUCGGACGGUGGUUUGUUGGGAAGCCAAAGAAAAGCUCGGCAAAAGUUUCGGAUCCCACGACGAUUGAGUGAUAAAGAAGAAGAAACGUGUUCUCUUGUUUUCCUUUUAUUUUUCUUUCUUCCUUUCUUUCUUCAUUUUGUUUUAUUUUCAUGUGUAUUUUUCAUUUUAUUGUGUGAUUGCGAUUUUAUAAAAUAGUUUGUAAACGUUGUAAAAUAUGAACGAACAUAUGAGCAAGACUAUACUAAUACCAAGUAUUCGUUGCUCCGCAGUA